AUGGGUUCCAAAGUAAAGACCUUGGUUUUGCUCUCUUUGUUUUGCUUGGCUCUAUUUGAGUCCUUGCACCAAGCAAGAGCAGCAAAGUCACAUAAUAAUCAUAAUGUGACUCGCUUGAAGGGGAGAAAGGAGUUAAAUAGAUGUAAUUUGUUCAUUGGAAGUUGGGUUAUUGACCCUUCACACCCUCUCUAUGACUCCUCAAGCUGCCCCUUUAUAGAUGCUGAGUUUGAUUGCCAAAAGUAUGGGAGACCCGACAAGCAGUAUCUCAAAUACUCUUGGAAGCCUGAUUCAUGUGCCUUACCCAGGUUCGAUGGAGUGAAUUUCUUGAACAAGUGGAAGGGUAAGAAGAUAAUGUUUGUGGGAGACUCAUUGAGUUUGAACAUGUGGGAAUCAUUGUCCUGCAUGCUUCACGCGUCGGUGCCGAAUGCCACCACCAGCUUUGUGAGGAGACAAGCACUCUCCACUGUGACCUUCCAGGACUAUGGAGUAACCAUACAACUAUAUCGCACACCAUAUUUGGUGGACAUAAUUCAAGAAGAUGCUGGGCGAGUGCUCACACUAGACUCCAUACAAGCUGGUAAUGCUUGGACAGGCAUGGACAUGUUGAUCUUCAACUCCUGGCAUUGGUGGACCCACAAAGGAGAUUCUCAAGGAUGGGAUUACAUAAGGAACGGUUCCAAUCUAGUAAAGGAUAUGGAUCGUUUGGAUGCAUUUUUCAAAGGGAUGACCACAUGGGCUGGAUGGGUUGAUCAAAAGGUUGACUCUACCAAAACUAAAGUUUUCUUUCAAGGCAUUUCUCCUACUCAUUAUCAAGGUCAGGAGUGGAAUCAACCAAGAAAGAGUUGUAGUGGAGAACUAGAACCAUCAGCAGGGUCAACAUAUCCUGCUGGUCUACCUCCUGCAGCAAACAUAGUGAACAAAGUGUUAAAGAACAUGAAGAAUCAAGUUUAUCUACUUGACAUAACACUUCUCUCACAACUACGAAAAGAUGCCCACCCUUCUGCCUAUGGUGGCUUGGAUCAUACGGGUAAUGACUGCAGUCAUUGGUGCCUACCAGGAGUACCUGAUACUUGGAAUGAACUUCUAUAUGCAGCUCUAUUUAUGUGAAGUUAUAUAUUAAUGUUAUAUUCUAGUAAUUAAAGGAAUGGAUUCAAUUGUAUUAUAGGACUCUUGAAGAAUAGUUAUGACAGACUUGCAAACUAAGUUAGUCAGGGUGAUCAAAUUGUUACACGUGUCCAGAAAUUGGGAAAAGUACUUUAGAAGGGGAUAGUAAUGUUUAUUGGAUUACAAAUUGGAAUUGUACUAAUGAUUGAUUGAUGCAUAAUUCAUAUUGAAUCUUUCAUAUUAAUAAAAGCUUGCAAAUUUCAGUUUUA